GAACAUGGAGACAAAUAUAUUGACAGAUGAGAUUGAAAGGACAAGAAAGUAUAUGCCCUUUUGAGGUCACCUUCUUCAAUCAAAGAGGCUCCUAGUUUCCUCUGUUCCCAUGGAACCUAAGGGCCCAAAUCAUCAUCAACUACAGGUGCCCUCUUUCUUGAAUCCUCCACAAAAAGCAAGCAUGCCAGAGAACAACAUCAACAACCAUAACAAGCAGCCUGCUGAGAUCAAAGAUUUACAAAUUAUGAUUGAAAACAGAGAUCAUAACAAGAAGCAAUUAGCACCAAAGAGAAGCUCCAACAAGGACAGGCACAAGAAAGUAGAUGGUAGAGGAAGGAGGAUAAGGAUGCCAGCUCUUUGUGCGGCGAGGAUUUUUCAACUGACGAGAGAACUGGGGAAUAAAUCUGAUGGAGAAACAAUUCAGUGGUUGUUGCAACAAGCAGAACCAUCGAUUAUUGCUGCGACUGGUACUGGGACUUUUCCUGCUUCAGCUCUUGCAGUUGCAGGGGCCUCUGUUUCAGAACAGGGGAACUCUGUUUCAACAGGAUUGCAUACAAAAAUGGAAGGGUUGGGACCCGCUGUUGUUGGGUCCAGAGAUAGGACUAACUGGACCAUGAUGAAUACUAAUUUAGGAAGAUCUAAUGUGGCAAGUGGGGUCUGGCCCUCUGUUGGCGGGAUUGGGUCAGGGUUUGUUCCAAAUUCUGGUCAGUCAACAUCGAAUUUUGGAAAUGAAAACUCCACUACUUUACCAAAGUAUGGGUUCCAUGGGGUUGAGUUUCCAAAUAUUAACAUGGGAUUAAUGAGUUUUUACUCCAUGUUUAGUGGCACUAACCAGCAAUUUCCAGGAUUGGAGCUUGGACUUUCACAGGAUGGGCAUGGUGGGAUGUUCAAUCCUCAAGCUUUGAAUCCCUUUUGCCAGCAGAUGGUGCAGGGCCGUGGUGUCUUAAAUUCGUUGAAUCAAGAACAGCAGCAAGAGCAACCUCAUGAUAAAGAUGAUUCCCAAGGAUCAAGGCAGUAGAAAUAUGAGAUAGAGGAGUUUCUAAUGGAUGAAAAUCUAUUAGAAAUCAGUAGAAUUAAUGGUAGAGCGUAUAGUUCCAUAUUCUCCUGCCUCUGAGGACAAGAAAUGAGAGCUAGACUUCAUCAGCAGUCUCAUCUAAGUUUGCUAAAACAGGUUGAAAUUUGAAGAUUACAUUUGAGUUUGUUUCACAUAGAGUAUUGGGGGAGUGUUGUGUCACAAAUAUUUUUGCCACUGCAUGAUCAGAAGAAAAAUACUUUUGCUACUGUAGACCUAUAUGUUUCUGUAUUUUCUUGCCAAUCUUUUCAAGUUUUGAUAUUUCAAUGAAAAAUACAAUUGAAUGGUUUA